CUCGUGACGUAACAGCAUCGCGAGAAGAGAGACGAGACUUGUGACGUCAGGCCGAGCUGUCCGGCCGCAAUCAGGGAGCUGGGUUUGCACGGCUUUGCGGGACGUUUAAGCUGCGAUCCGGGACUGCGGGCUGUGUGGAGAAAAUCGGCUCUGUCCCGCGAAAAGCUGGGCUGUUGUGGGCGACAAAUGCUGUGUUGAUUGUAUGGACUACUCUGAGUGAAAGAACUUGCAGAGCUAAAAUGCAGACGUUAAAGAGACUAAACCUGUGAAAGAAAGAAUAAAGGAGAAGCUGAACCUUUUGGCCCUUCACUUAAAGGAAACAGUACUUUUCUUUCUGGGCUUGAAAACCCUUUCACAGUGUCAGGAUGCAUUACCUGGCUGUUUGUGAUUUGCAUCCUAGAUGACACAGAAGUCCCAAGAUCAUAGUAAAGUCUUCUGUACCAUGUGAUCCUUUUUGAACACUUUUACAUAGGUGGGAACAAACAUUAAAGUGUCAGCAUGGGAAGGAAAAAGAAAACCCUGCAUGAUUAUGCUGCCGAAUUCACAGACCUGGCUGUAAAAAGACAUUUAAUUGAACACAAGGAUUCUGGAGAGACCUCAGUGGUUGAAACUCUGUAUUGCAAAUCCUGUGAACUGCCCAUGCGGGUUAGGAGGGAUCGCAUCCUAGAGCAUUUAGCUUCGGGAAGGCACUACCGGAACCGACGUCUGAUUAAGCAACAUGGGACUAGAACUCCACUUCUCCUAUCAACUGGUGCAGAUCUGGGAUCAAGCCUCCCUAUGGGAUUAGAUACGUCUCUACAUCCACAGACAUCUUUCAUUCUUUCCUCUAAUCCAUGCAGUUCUAGUAUCAGUACAAGUGCCAGAGGUAAUGUAGUACCCUCUCCACCAUCAUACCACCAUCCCCCCUUGCUCCCUGUGCACCCGAACACCAUCAGUUCUACUACCAGUGUUAUGUCAGCCAGAGAAGACGUAACCCCAUCUACGUCCUCCACCCAUCAGUCAUCAUUUGGUGCUAUUCAUAUGCGAAAUCCACCUAUGUCUUCAAAGCACACCAACCAAAGGCACGUUAUAUCCGAAGCUUCCAAUAGUGUGGUACCUGGAGGGAUUUAUACCAGUAGCAAUACCAGAGGAAAUCAAAUUGGUCUUGCCAUAAUUGGAGCAAGUUAUGCCAGUAAGGCACUACUGCGGACCUUAAAAGAAGAAAAUGGCUGCUGUCUUUAUUACAUUGUGGAAGACCAGAGGUCUGAAGUCGAUAGGCUUUUCAGCAAUGAAAUACUGUCAAAGACCAGGGUGCUGCAGGAACAGGAUGCAGAUAUUGUUCUUAAUGACCAGCGAGUAUCAGGGGUGAUUAUUUGUUCUCUACCAGAAGUAGCUGCUGUGAUGACUCUGGAGACUUUAAGAGCUGGGAAGGCUGUGCUGUGUGAGAAGCUCUUAAGCACCAGUCGGCAAACUGUGGAGGCUUGUUUCGAUGAAGCUGACAGAUAUGGGAAGCCAUUGGUCUGUGGAUUUUAUAAGCGGUUUGACCCAGCAUUUAAGUUCCUGCAUAAGAAAGUAUGUCAGAGCAAGUCUCUAGGGAGAAUUCAGAAAAUCUCAGCAGUCAGCCGAAUGUAUCCCUCUGUUUCUCUAAAUAACCUCAAAAUGUCAGGGGGAAUUUACUAUAACACUGCCAUGUUUGAUAUUGAUAUUGUCACCUGGUUAUUGGGAGAAAGAAUUCCUGACACUGUCUUCUCUCUGGGACAUGCCUUCUGUUCAGAUAUGAGUGCUAUGAAGGAAGCAGACACUGCCACCAUCUGUAUGAAGUUUGCUAGUGGAGCUCUCGCUAGUCUGGACAUCAGCCAGCACUGUACAAAAAGCUGUGACCAGAGACUGGAGGUACACGGUUGUCAAGGGACAUUACGUAUUGACAAUCAGAACCCACUGGGCAUUACAGAGAAUGGCACAUCAGUUCCAUUAUGUUCUCUAACACAUGAAGAAAGAUAUAGAGAAGCAUAUGCAGCACUUUUUCGACACUUCCUUCAAACAAUCAAAGGAAAAGAGCAACCUACAGUUACCAAAGAGCAGUAUAUCUGGGCUCUACAGGUAGCAGCAGCGGCUGAGCAGUCGUGCCACAGUGGUUCUGCUGUAGAUCUGCGUAAUGAAGUAGUGGAUGUAUCGAUUAUCAAGACUGAAAUAGUUUGAGUAGAAAUCCUGCUUUAGAGCUUCUGAGGGAGGAUUGUUUUGGCUUUAGCAGGUGCUGACCCCACCUUCUAAUUCUCUUGCAUUCUCCCAAGGGCUACGGACCCCACUAUUCUUGCACUUAAAUUGCAGCGCCCAGGCAGUGUUAGUAAUGGUGUUGCUUUACUUAGAUUCCUAAUUAAUCUUCCAGAUGCCUGUCUUUAGAAAGACACAUAUUUAUUAUUCAGUUAUGAAAUAGGAAGGCUGGAAAGCGUGAGGUAUGAAGGAAGGGGUUAAACCUGGGCAAUCGGUUAUUUGGAGACCAUCUCCCAGCUUUGCCACACAGCCAUUUCUCUUGGGAGGAUGCUGUAAAAUCUGCUUCUUAAUAGAACAGGACCUAAUGUUAUAGGAAUUCCAUGGUAAUGCAUCCCUUCACUUGCUCCUCGUGUUCUACUGCUCUCUCUCUCUCUCUCUUCACUGAAAUAAAAAGAAAAGUAAAUUUAGAGUACUAGAGCAAUAGAUGAUGGCCAGUUAGUUACUGGGAGUCUCUAGAAGUUGAAGUAAUGAAGGAACUAAUAUAGCUACAGUGUAAUAACUAGAAUAUGUCCUCAUCUUCACUUUGAAUCGAGAGACAUUAAAUAAUGCAGCUCAGGAAACCAUAGGAACAAGAAUUCCAUUGGAUACUUUGACCAUAUUCUAAAACUGGCUGUUUGUAGCCAUUGCUGUUUUUGGGAAAUGAAGCAGGAAGGGGUGACUUUUCUGGGGUCCUGGGAUACAAGUAUAUGUAGGAAGACAAGGAUAAAAACUCACAUUAGACAUUUACCUCUUGACUAUGCAAGUUGUGCGCAGCACCCUGGUAGUAUAGAGUAUAAGCUUUUGGAAAGGCUCUGAGACAAGUGGGGAGUGUGUAUAGUAAGUCACAGUGGUGAUUUAUUAUGGUCAGUGCAACUCUCAGCCCUCCAGCUUUUGCUGAAGUUCAGCCUGCAGUGUUCCCAGAUAUACAGACAAUGAUUCGUAAGACACUGAUUAUAUAACUAUUGGAGCACUAGACAGGUAUUUUGACCACGUGUUGUUUCACCACAACUUAGGAAGAUGGCAGACAUGGUGCUUUUACCACUGUGGUACUGUUGUAGAGAAUGUGCCUAAUCAAAAAACACUCUACUUCUGGCAAAUACUGGUGGUAACAGGUGGCAGUCACCCAAAAAAAGGUAAAUCAAGAAUUUCUUAGCAGGGGCCAAUUUUCGCCACCAGUGCCUGUCAGAUAGGAAGUGGAGACAGGACCAUAGUCCUUAAGGUAGUUUUACUUGUGCCCAGUGCAUUAAGGGCAUAAGCGUUUGGCUUGGAAUGCAAAACCUGAAUGCUGCACUUAGCAUAUAUUGUAUAAGAGGCAGAUAUGCAGCCAUGGAUACUGUGAGCCACCGACUUACCUUAGUGUGUCCAGCCGGUAUUAAAUCCACUUCCAUCGCCCUCUGACAUCCUGUGGCUAAGGGCAAAGAUACCGCUAGUUCAACAAAAGCUGGAAGGAUGCAGAUUAGACUUAAUCAUCGGAUAUUUUGUUACGAAAAAAGAAAUUGUCCCAGAAAGUACUGUAUUUGGGGCUCUAUGAUAUAACAGUUCGGAUGAUGCUUUUAACAUAAAUGAAAAGAGAAUUUUUUAUUGUUUUAAUUCCGCUAACUACUAUAAGCUAGCUAGGCAUAUUUUGAUACUGGAAGUAAGAUAAAUGAAGACUUUGUUUUACAUUCUAUUUGUGUAUAAGCCACUUGCGUUAUUCUAUGCAUAACAAAGACCGGAAAAAUGAACUACUUGUUGCGGGUCACCGUGACUAACUGGAAUUGUCUAAGUCUGAUUUUUCCAUUUUUUUUCUUAAGCGUAAACAAUUUUAAUAGAUGAGGUUUGUCUUUUUAUUGGGAUCCAUGUACUGAUUACUAGAGAACAUUGUGUUAUCUGCAGCCACCAUUUAUGUGCUGGUUGGGCAGGCAAGCGCAUUACUUGACCUUCAGAUGGAUUCAGGCACUUAGUGAGUCCUUUAUUCUCUACUGUAAUACUCAUUUUCCCAAAUUAUAAUUAAUUGUUAAAAGUAAUAUCUUUUAAUUAUAUGUCAUCUGUUCUGCUUUUUAAAGUGAUAUUUGUAAUAUCC